AUGAUGGUGCGAGGACUGUACAGCGGGUGCGGGCUGGAGGAGGCGUGCGAGGUGAAGGUGUGGAUCUACACGUGCGGGGGAACAUACCGGGGGAAGGAAGAAGCGUCGCAUAUGUGGACGCUGGUGGGGAGCAGCGAGAGCUUCCGCAUGCCGCCAGCGGACUGCGAGGCGGGGGAGCUGGAGGACUACGCAGAGCUGCCGCUGGAUGAGCCGAUCCAUCUGAUCCCAUCAGAGGUGUACGGAGCGUUUGCGGGAGGGGUUGUGUACUCGACGAGCAAUGAUGAUCUCUUUUGA